AUGUUCGCAGUCGUGUACCAGGCAAUGCUCCUCCUCUCCUGCCGCCCUCUUGACACUGUGGGCGUCCGGCUGGUUGGCCUCAUCAUUGGCCUCGAGUUUCUGUACACCACCCUCGGCACAGAGAUGCAUGAGGCGGAACUACUGUGGACGGACGGUGUUGAGUGCGCCGGUUUGCGGUACGCCUUUCUCGCAGCUCGGGCCGUCUGGGGCGGUGCCUUUGCCGCAGCCUGCGUGGCUGCCGCGUGGUCGUGCUCUUCACGUCGUGCGCUCGGGCGACUCUGGAUCACUAUGCGCAUCGCUUGCCCGACCGCGCUCCUCCUGCCGACCACGCACCCGGGACUGAGGCUCUUUUGGGGCGACUGCGCUGUCACGGCUGAUGCCGGAACGCAGUAUCCGCUGGCCGGCGUCACCGGCACCCUGAUUUGGUCCGUCACUGGCACCGUCAUUUUCACGCUGCUCCUCACUGAGCGCAAUCGCGGGCGAGCCGGCCUACCGGAGGAGUCUCGGAAGCUCGCUGCCGUGGGCACGCUGUUGGGGGCGACAUACUGCAACCCGGUCGAUCAACUGGUUGACGAGGCCGUCGAGUUGUUCACCGUGCUGCCGUUCUCGCUGCUGACCGUCGACGUGCUCCGCCCGACGUGGACGAACGCGGAUUACGCCGUGAUGCGACCCAAGUUGCGGACAUGCGACGUUGGCGAGUGUGACGCUUUCGUGAGCCACGCCUGGGCCGACGACGCCGAGGAGAAGUACGAGGCGAUCGCCGCGUGGGCGGCGAGUUUCGAGAGACGGUGGGGGCGCGAGCCGUUGCUCUUCUUGGACAAAUGCUGCGUGGACCAGCAGGACGUUCGGCGGUCUCUGCGGGGCUUGCCCGUCUACAUCGGAGGAAGUAGGGAGCUGCUCUGCUGCGUGGGGCCCACUUACUGCUCGAGGCUCUGGUGCAUCCUCGAGCUCUUCUGCUUCCUGACGCUGCGUGGGAGCACGGACGCCAUCACGAUCCUCCGGACCGGUUCGAUGAGGCGGUCGAGCGGCGCCUCGGAGCUCGAGGCGGCGGACAACAUUCUCGGGCCUCAGCUCUCGACUUUCCGGCUCUCCGAGGCGACGUGCUCUCUCGCCACAGACCAGGACCGCAUCCUGUCGACCAUUGAAGCCGCCUUUGGCCUGCAAGAGGCGUUCAACAAGGUGGUGCGCGAGCUCUUCGAUUUAGGACCCGAACGCAGCGCGAAUCUCCAUCUCAAGAAGGCCCAGCGUGUGUCGCGUGGCUGGUCGCAGCGCAUUCCGCUGCUGCCAACACGGAGCUACUCCGACCGCACGAUCACGCACACCGAGGACGGCGGGGAAGAGGCAGACGGAGCGGGAGAGGGGGGGGUGCUGGCGCGCCUCACGUCGCUGAUGCGCCAACUGACCACCGCCAGCGAGGCGGAAGGCGGCGGCCUAGGCGGCGGCGCCUCUUCAUUGGUCUGAGCAGGCUGCGACGGCGACGGCCUAUUGGUCACCCUCCUGUGCUGAGGAUGACGCGGUGUCGAACCCGGCGCGACCGCGGAGUUGGUUCAUUUCAUGGUUUGCACGCGUGCGCAACUCUACAGCUAUAUGGCAGAACUUACGGGGCCCGG